AUUCGAUUCGUACGGGAAAAUGAAACUAAAGAAAGCGACUGAAAGUGCAACAUUGAAAUGUAUUAUUUUGAAGCUCCAAGAGGGAUUUUAUCCUUGAAGAACUUUGAGACUUAUGCGACUCUGAGACUAAAUUUGUUAUCAAGAGUUCUUAAAUGUAGGAACGACAUAAAUGAGUUCUUGGCCAUUACCACCGACCCAGAAAUUGUUGCUGCAUCAGAUAUAUUUUUAGAGGGAUCGUAUAAGGACCUUAUUUCACAUUUUACAUUAAGACUUCUGCUUGCCAGUGAAUCAGGUGCCUGCAGUUUUCUUGUCCAAGCUGAAACCACACUGUUCCAGUUUAGACUUCAGUGCUUGAGUGACACAGAGCUAUCCAGAUUCCUCUCCUUCACUGAAAAAAGACUCAAUAAAAUAAAGAAGUCAGGUAAAACAUUAUAUGCAGAACACAGCUUAGUGAGUUACACACAGGACAUUUUAUACCGAGUGAAAUCCUCCGACUUAAGCUGGAAGACAGUGGUAGCACAAUGUCGAGAGAACCACAACCAUUCCUUCUUCACUGUCCCUUUCACUGUGGUUCCUCAUUUAGUGGCCAAGAGAAUUGUAACUCUCCACAAUGGCCUGGCAUCUGUGCCCUAUCAGUAUUUACAUGAUGUGCUGAGACACUGCUUUGAGCUGAACCUGAUUCAUGGUGUACAGUAUUGUAAAUCAUUGCAAGGAAACCUGGAUAAACGCUGCAGAGUGCUCAAGCAUAGACUAAUGAUCAUGCUGCAGAGCAAAUUCAGGCUGCCUGAUUUUCCCUCCACUAAAGCAAUCUCCCCAUUGAGCCAGCAAGACAUUUUGUUGGAAAGUGGCUCCUUCCCUCCUUGUAUGUCUGUGUUACUUCACAGUUUACAAACCAACCACCAGCUCCACCACCACUCCAGGGUUCAGCUGACAUUGUUUUUAAAAGAGAUCGGGAUGCCUGUACAAGAAGCCCUUCAGUUCUGGAAGCACCAAUACAGCAUGGCACCCCAUGGUGACCCUCGGAGUGGGUGUGGUCCCAAGUGGGUGGGGAAGGAGAGGCGGUACACCUACAGCAUUCGCCACCUGUAUGGCCUAGAGGGCUCCCAGGUCAACUACAGGGCUCAUUGCUGUGCUUCACUUCAGGAGUUUAUUCCACCAUGUGGAAGCAACGGAGGCUGUCCUUUCAAGCAUUUUGAUGACGCAGCACUGGGGCAGCUCCUACAGAGUGAGGAUAUCAUGGAAACAACAGUCAUCCUGGCAUGCUCUUUAUAUUUAAAGAGAAAAGCUAUAAAACCAUUGAAAAGUCAGAGUAUGUGUACAUGCAGUCCUACAAAGGAACCUAAAGCUAAGAAAGCAAGACUUGAAAAUCAUUCUCCUGGCAUUCAUAACCAGGAAAGGGAUUCUUUCAUCGGUCAGCGGGAGGUGGAAGACAAGCAUUGGUCUGGAGACCAGUCCGAGGUAUUAGGGUCCAGGACGGGUCAGGGGUAUUCCUUAACAAAAACUGUCAAACCUUUGAUGAAUUCAAAAAGAGCUGCAGACACUCAAACUAUACAGAACUUAGGGGAGAGUCAGAGGAGGCUGGACAUGGAUGCAUCAAAUCCUUGUGGAAAUGUGGAUGUUCAGAUUAGUCGUAAUAUAAAUUGCUUUACACCCCAUCGACACCUUAGCCUGUUUUCCAAUGCAUCUUUUCACUGUCAUGGAGUCCAAAGAUCAUUCACCUCAUCUUCUUCUGAUGGAUCUAAGGACCCCCAGAAUGGUAAAAAUGGCAAGGAGAUGAAUAUAAAUCAGCAGAAAGAUCCAAAGGUGACACAGGAAGCAAAUGGAAGCACAGCUGGCUCUAGUGGUCAUCCUGAGAAAAAGUUAUCAGUAUUUCAGCGAUUCAAACAAACCUACAAAGAACAUGGUAAAGUGCUGAUCAUCGUCGAGGUUGUGACGUCCAUAUUCUGGUAUGGACUCUUCUACUUCAUAGUCACCUGUGGUGUUGAUGUGAUAGCUCUGCUAGAGAAGAUGGAACUCAGUGAAAAAAUAAUCCAACCAUUCCGUUCCUCCAGCCUCGGGGACUUUGUCAUUGCCUUCCUCCUCUACAAAUUGAUCUCCCCGAUCCGCUACGCCGUGACGUUAGGUGGGACCGGCUACAUCAUCCGAUGGAUGAGGAGGCGAGGAAAAUUACCCCCGGUGACACCUAGCACACAACUCAGGACCCUGUAUAAGGACAGCAGGGAGGAAAUCAGGACUAAGAGUGUUAGUUUUAGGGAGAGGAGAAGGUCAAAGGUCAAGGCCAGAGGCAAGAAGAAGAGAGGACAGAAGCACGUGAUCUACCACAACUUGUACAGCAUCGGACACUUCCACCGACAGGGAAUCAAGGAUACCGGAACUUGUUACAAAGACAGAAUCCGAUCUUUGGAGGAACCGUUUUGUGAGAAGGGGGCGUUCCCCAGACUGGUUCAUCAGAUCACUGUUAUGGGGAGGAAAACAGCUCGGUUCAACUCGAGUUUAUUUGCUAUGAGCUCAGCCAAACGACCAAACGGUCGCGCUUCCGGUCCUCCAGUAGGUGGCGCGCGGAAUGGUCCGGAAGGAAAGUCCAAGCAGAUCAAACUAGUUCUUCUGGGGGAAUCCGGAGUAGGAAAAAGUAGUAUUGCCUUAAGAUUUGUGCGAGGGGAGUUCAACGAGAAUGGAGAAGCUACAAUUGGAGCUGCAUAUUUGACAAAAACGAUAAACGUACAGAACUCUACCGCCAUUAAAUUUGAUAUCUGGGACACGGCGGGACAGGAGAGGUACCACAGUCUGGCACCGAUGUAUUACCGGGGGGCCCCGGCCGCCGUGGUCGUCUAUGACAUCACCAGUCAGACUUCCUUCUCGCGUGCUCAAGCUUGGGUUAAGGAACUUACUCAGCAAGCUAACUCUCAGAUCGUCAUUGCUUUAGUCGGCAAUAAGGCCGACAUGGCCAGCGAGGGCAGGGUUAUACAUACAGAGUAAGACUCCAUUGUUUACGUCUUACAGGUGUCCUUUAAGGAGGCACAACGGUGGACAAGGGAGAUAAUCGACUUUGGAGGCUCGUGUAGUUACAUUAUUCUGCUGGGGAAUAAGUCAGACCUAUCUAAUGACUUGAGAGCGGUGCCCUACGAGGACGGCAAGGAGUUUGCCAGUAAUAAUGGACUAAUGUUUACGGAGGUUUCCGCUAAAACAGGAAUGAAUGUAGACGAUGUCUUCACUAAUUUAGCCGCCAAAAUAGCUGCUCAGUCUUCCCCCGAAUCGAAUUCUACCACCGUCCGACCCACGAACGUGGAGAGGACAGAGAAAGGGGGGUGUGCCUGUUGAAGGGGAAACCAGCAACACGUGAUAUUGUGAACAAAGGAUUAUAAACCGGCAUUGAUCGAUUUGUGAUAAUCAAACUCUGACACUCGUUAAAUGUGCAGGGUAGCUUCUGCAUGUUCCAUUCACCUUGAACACGUGAAAUUAAUCUUACUUCAGUUACUUGUAAGAAUUCUGACUACCUUUACCUGUGAUAUAAUAAUGCAAAUGUCACCUUGUGUUUUGUGUAUAUGUAUGAUAAAACGAGAAAAUAGA